CGAAUAGUAGGAGUGAAGAAGCACAAACACACCUGCUAUUGCGUAAUCUGUUUCUCACUUUGCUCCUUAUUUUUGUCAUUCCCAUUCUGUUUCUUUAUUGUAUUCUCAACUUAUAACUUUCAGUCUCCAUUUACUAUGGCUGAUGCACUGCUGUCACUAGCUACUGAUCUCUUGAAGCAGUUGGGUUCAAUCACUGUUCAGCAGGCUCAACAAGAGAUAAACUUGAUUGUUGGCGUUGAUGAAGAAAUCGAAAAUCUUCAAUGCAAAUUCAAAAUGGUCCAGGCGAUGCUCAACAAGUUCGAGGAAAGUCGACUGAGGGAUGACGCUGUGAAGCUUUGGUAUGAUAAGCUCGAAGAUGCAUACUACAUGAUGGAUGACGUGUUGGACACCUGGAAAACUGCAAAGAUCAAAUUACAAAUUCAGAAAGAAGAAGAAGAAGAAGGAGAAAAAGCUGCUCAUAGUAACGCUCCUGCCCCCCUUGAGAAAAAAAUGAAGACGGUAUGGUCCUUCUUCCCCUCUCCAUCAUGUUGCUUUCGUCAAGUUGACAAUGUUUCUGUUCGUCAUGAGGUUGGUCACAAGAUAAAAGAACUGAAUGAAACAUUAGAUAAUAUUCUCAAAGGCAAACAGGAGUUUGGGAUUGACUUGAAUAGUCAACCUGAAAGAGUUGAAAGACUAGAAAUUACGUCCAUUGUGGAUGUUUCUAAAAUAGUUGGCCGUAACGAGUACAGGGAUGAUCCACUGAACAAACUAUUAGGCGUGGGUAGUCAACAAGAAAACAAUCCUCUUGUCAUCUCCUUAGUGGGUAUAGGCGGUAUAGGAAAAUCAACUCUUGCCAAACUCGCCUAUAAUCAUCCAAAAGUAAUAGCUCAUUUUCAGAAAAUAAUGUGGGUCUGUGUUUCUGAUCCUUUCGAUCAGUGCAAGGUUGCCAAAGCAAUCAUCCAGGAGCUUGCCCCUACACAUGAAUCCCUCAAUAAUACCACUACUACAUUGCAAGCUCUAUUGUGUAUAGUUCGUAAUUUGAUUAAGGACAAAAAGUUCUUUCUUGUCCUUGAUGAUGUGUGGGCUAAAGACGUCCCAAAAGAGUCUCAAAAGUGGGAGCCUUUAAAAGAUGCUCUCACACAUGGUGCCCAAGGUAGUAGAAUUCUAGUCACCACACGUAAUGAGGAAGUUGCGCACAUGAUGGGGAGCACCAAAACCCACAUAAUAGGGAAUUUAUCUGUUGAUGAUUGUUGGUUGAUUAUUAGGAAGAUAGCAUUUUUUGAUGAAAAUAUAGAUCAACAUAAGGAUCUUGAACCCCUAGGUAGACAACUAGCGGAUAAAUGCCAUGGCUUGCCGCUUGCUGCAAAGCUUAUAGGGGGUUACAUGUGCAACAAGAGAAGAAAAGAACAGUGGGAGAAGGUUUUGAAAAAUAGUUUGUGGGAUUUAGAAGAUGUUGAAAAAGGUCUUUUGGGACCAUUGUUGUUGAGUUAUUAUGAAUUGUCCUUAGCAGAGAAAAAAUGUUUCUUAUUUUGUGCUAUCUUCCCAAAAGAUCAUGAAAUUAAUAGAUUUGAGUUAAUCAUCCAUUGGAUGGCACAAGGAUAUAUUGAUAUUGACUCAAAACGAAAUAUGGAGAUGGAAGACAUGGCGGAAGAGUACUUUCAAAAAUUAGCCAUGCGUUCUUUUUUUCAAGAUUUUGAGGAAGAUAAAAUUGAUGGUAGAAUUAAUAGUUGCAAAAUGCAUGAUAUUGUGCAUGACUUUGCACAGUUAUUGACAAAAGAUGUAUGCUUCACAAUUGAAGGUGAAGAAGAGGUUAAGAUAGACUUUAAAAGGGCUCGACAGUUGUCUUUAAUAUUUAGAGAAACAUUUCCUGAGUUUGUCUAUGAAGCGAAAAAUCUACGCUUUUUAAAUUUGGAUUUUAUUUCCUCUCCGAUUGUCCAACCCAAGUUAUUCGACAGUUUGACAUGUCUUCGUACACUACAUUUGGAAGGUCAAUCCAAUCUAGAACUUCCAAAUGAGGUGGAAAAAUUGAUACAUUUAAGAUAUCUCAAAUUAUCUUGUGAAGAGAUAAAAGAAUUGCCUGAAAGUAUAUGUAAUUUAUAUAAUUUACAAACUUUGGAUGUUAUUAAUUGUGGGGCACUUGAGAAAUUACCCAAGGGGAUAGGUAAACUAAUUAAUUUAAGACACAUCCUUCUGUUUGGUAAAUAUUUACCCGAGGGGAUAGGUAAACUAAUUAAUUUAAGAUACCUCGCUCUGUUUGGUGUAUUUAGUGAUCCAAGAAUAAAAUCGUUUCCGAAGGGAAUUGGGAGAUUAACUUGUCUUAAAACAUUAGCAUACUUUCCUGUAGGUAAGGGCGAAGAAAUAUGUAAAUUGGGAGAAUUAGAACAUUUGAACCACAUUCAAGGGAAAAUUCAAAUAUUCGGGUUGAGUAAUGUGGUAGAUUUUGGUGCGAUCGAGAAUACAUUGAAGAAGAAGGAAGACCUCCGUGAUUUGGUGCUAUAUUUUAACACAAUAGAGGAAGAUGAGGAAGAUGAGGAAGAGACAGAGGCAGAAAGAAGAAGAAAAGAUGUAGCCAUUCUAAAUGCCUUAGAGCCACCUCCCCGCUUGGAAUCUUUACAAAUUGAUUUUUAUAAGGGCACCACAAUGUGUCCUAAUUGGAUGAUGUCCAAAUUGACCUAUUUGAAAACACUUCUUAUCAUAGAGUGCCCAAACCUAGAGCAGUUGCCUCCUUUGGGGAAGCUGCCGUUGCUCGAAGAAUUAAAAAUAUGGAGCGCUCCAAAGAUUGGAAAGGUGGGAGAUGAAUUUUUGGGAAUAGACAUAGAAGAAGAAGAAUUAUCAGAAUCAUCCAAAAACAAUAACAACAAAGACCUCGUCAUAUUCCCAAACCUUAAAUCUCUCAGCUUCUGGGGUUUGGGGGAGUGGGAAGAAUGGAGUGGGAUGGGAGGAACAGUAGAAGAAGAAGAAGAAAAAGAUAAUAGUGGUAAUGCUUUUGUUACUAAUAAUACUCCAAAAAUUAAAAUAAUGCCACUUCUUCAUUCCUUGGACCUUGUGGGGUGCGGCAUAAAGUCUCUGCCAGACUACCUGUGUAAUAUUCCAUUGAAGAAAUUAUGGAUCACAGAUUUCCUAAACCUAGAGCAGUUGCCUCCUUUGGGGAAGCUGCCGUUGCUCGAAGAAUUAUUAAUAAGGAACGCUGAAAUGAUUGGAAAGGUGGGAGAUGAAUUUUUGGGAAUAGACAUAGAAGAAGAAGAAUUAUCAGAAUCAUCCAAAGACAUCAUCAUAUUCCCAAACCUUAAAUCUCUCAGCUUCUGCGGUUUGGGGAAGUGGGAAGAAUGGAGUGGGAUGGGAGGAACGAUGGAAGAAGAAGAAAAAGAUAAUAGUGCUAAUGCUUUUGUUACUAAUAAUACUCCAAAAAUUAAAAUAAUGCCACUUCUUCAUUCCUUGGAACUUCAGUGGUGCGGCAAUCUAAAGUCUCUGCCAGACUACCUGCGUAAUACUCCAUUACUACAGGAAUUGGAAAUCUGUAGAUGUCCAAUUCUGGAGCAGCGUUGCGAAAGAGGGAUAGGAGAUUACUGGCCCAACAUUUCUCACAUUCCAAACAUCCGAAUUGGUUAUAUAUAUGUGCAAAGAGACGGUCAACUUCCAGAGAGCAUUGAUUCAGAGAUGCAUGAUGAUAGUGACCAGAUGCAUGUAGAUGCAGAAGAAGCUGGAGAAUCAUCAUAUAGCUUCUGUGAGAUUUGUGUGGAAAGGAAAGAUAGUGACCAGAUGUUCAAAACUGAGAGUUGUGUUCACUCAUUUUGCUCUGAUUGCAUUGGCAAACAUGUUGCCACAAAGAUCCAAGAAAGCAUAACCGUUGUUACUUGCCCUGGAUUGGACUGCAAGGGUGUCAUAGAACUCGAUGCUUGCAGGGCAGUGCUUCCGAAAGACGUGUUGGACAGGUGGGACAAGGCUCUAUGCUUCCGAAACACUGAUGAUGUGGUUGAGGUGGACAAGACUGAGGGCAGUAAUCAUGAGAAAGACGAUGGGGCUGGGUUUGAGGCGGAUGAACAAGUGGAAGUAAACAUUGAUGAAGGGGAUUUUUAAAUCUGGACAGUACAGGGCAGUUGACAUGCACAGAAGAAGACAGAUACAUUAUGAUGAGACUGGGUGUUGAAGAAGACAAUGAAUGAGGAGGAUGCUGGCUGGGGCACAUCCAUCAAGUAAUUAUGCUGCCCAGUCACCAUUUUAUCUUGGAGGAGCUAGUGGACUGUUUGAAUUUAUUGUGAAAAGACAAAGAAAAUGGGCACAUGGUUAUAGUAACUGUUGAAGUUACAAAACUUCUUCUUGAAAUAAUGCAUACAAAAGACUAGCAGGACAUGAGUAUGGGAAUAUCUCAGGGGAUUUAGGCAUGGAUUCUAGGAUGCAUGCAUGUGGAUUGAUGAUGAUCAAGAUAAUGAAUCUGGGCAAGAAAUCAAUGACAAAGAUUAUGUGGUUAAGGUAUACAAGAUUGAGGACAUUAGUGAUGAAGAAGAUGGGACUAAGCAUAAGGACUUAUCAAAAAAGAAGAUUGGACUAAGUAUAAGGCGGAUGAAGAAGUGGAAUAGAGAAUGAUAAGAAGGUUUUUGCAGAGCUGAACAGAACAGGGCGAUUGGCAUACACAGAAGAAGAUAGAGACUUUAAAGAUGAAUGAUGAGGAAAUUAGGAGGUUUGGCUUACAGUUGCAGCGGUUGGAAUACUGAAGACAAUUGACGAUGACAUUCUAGUAUUCCUCGAGGCAUACACAACUCUAAAAUCUGAUGGUCAUGUAUAUCUCCCGAUAGAAAACCAUGAUUACACUACUGUCCAAAGGCUCAAGAAAUAAUUCAUGCAACCCAUGUUCAAAUGUAAUGUAUUAAGAAUGAUACCUGUGUUGUCAAGUUAAUGGGCUGCUACAGUGGCAUGGAUGUGGAUUAAUGAUGAUCAAGACAGUGAACAAGAAAUCAAUGACGAAGAUUAGGUGGUUGAGGUAUACAAGAUUGAGGAUAGCGGUGAUUAAGAAGAUGGGACUAAGCAUAAGGACUUAUCAAUUGGACUAAGUAUACAAUGGAUGAAGAAGUGGAAGUAGACAAUGAUGAAAGCGUGAUUUGCAAAGUUGAACAGUACAGGGCGAUUGACAUACACAGAAGAAGACAGAUACAUAUUAUGGGACAGGGUAGUAAGAGGAGGGUGUUGAAUCAAACAGAGACUUUAAAAAGACGAAAUGAUGAGGGAUCAUUAAUUUUAGAUAGAAGUGGAGGUUUUUUGAAUGAUGAUAGUGAGAGAGAAGAGGGAUCUAAAGCCUCUGUUAACUCUCCCUUUUGCAGCAUUUCUUUGACUAUUGCCUCAGAACCAGAAGGAUCACUCCCUCUCUUGCCACUCUUAGGGAAAUUAGGAGGUGUGGGCUCACAGUUGCAGUGGUAGGAUACCGAACACAAUUGAUGAUGACAUUCUAGUACUCCUCAAGGCGUACACAACUCUAAAAUUUGAUGGCUACAUUUUUUAUUUUUUGAUAAGUAAGAAAAAAUUUAUUGAACAAGGCCACUUCUUGCAAAAAGCAUGAAGUAACAGAAAACCAUGAUUUGAUAUUGAAACUCUCUUAUCGGACCUUAUCCUCUUCCUAGUUUAGGUUAUUAAUUAUCCUUUGUUUCUGGCACUACUGUUAGGAAGCUCAAUAAAGUGGUCAUACACCCCAUGUUCAAUCAUAAAGCAUUAAGAAUGGUAUCAUUGUCAUCAAGUUAAUGGGCCGCAACACUGGAAAUUUGGAGGACGACCAUUAAAGUUGUUGUGGCUUGAUUUCCUAAAAUCAUUGACAAUGUCACAGCAAUUGGAACUCUGGUACUCUCUAUGCUUUAAUUGAUUUGUUAACUGCAGGUCAAAUCUAACUCAUCCAAAUAUAAUCUCAAUCUGGUAUUAGAAACAGCAUAAGACUAGAAGAUACAAACCAUUUAUGAGGAAGGGAGAUCAAGAUCAAUCUCAAAGAAAACAACCCAUUUGGCUGGUCAUGGAUUCAGCUGUGGAAAGAAAUAAGCAUGAGCCUGAAUCUUCCAGUCCAAAAGGAAAGUUAUGAGAGAUUGACUCUUAAAAUAUGACGUUGGGCUUCUGAUCCCCUACUCCUUUGCAAAUCUGCCUCCAACAAAUGCGUGUGCAAAACUCCACUCAAACUUCAUGCACGGUUGAUAGAAAGGGCCCAUAGAAACUGACAAUGGCAAACAGAAUGGCAAGGCAGCUAUACCAGAUGCUUGGGUGUGGCAAAUCAAAGAUCAGCUCAUCAGGGUUUAUUUAUUUCUCCUUGCCAAAAGAAACAAUCCCUGCAUAUAAAGGAAGUUUGGCAAGAACUUGGGGAUAUAAGCAAAGAUCCUAAACAGCCAAUGAAAUCACAGAUGAGGAUCAUUAAGCUAGUUGCACAAAGUUAUAUGCAUGGAAAAUGGUGUUGUGCACUAUGGUGUUGAGCUUUAUAGCGACGAUGACUUCAAAAAUUGGGUUUUAGUUUCACCAUUUGAAGCCUUAAUGUCUUCGUUUCCUCCUCAUCAUUAGGCAUUCAUUGAAGUUUAAACCUAUUGGAGAAGCACAGUUUUAUAUUGGUGAAAAUUGUUGAGCAAGGAUGCACCUCAGAUAGCCAUGUCUUACAUUCUGGUGCAAGAUAUAUUUGCAUGUCAUGGAUGUGAAGUAGAAAUAAGGUCAACCAGUGACAAAUGAAUUGGAAACUAGGCAAUUGGCAUUAUGCAUAUCUGUGAGAGAAGUGCUAGUGUGUUAAUAAUGUUCAAUCAGCCAGUGGUAUAUGAAUGCUUUGGUUCAUCAUCCCUUGGUGAUUCUCCAAACAAUUUGGGAGGCUACUAGCUAUGUGAUGACACGGGGCAAUCAAUCAGCCAUUACUUUUACUGCUGCUAUUUGCAAGCAGUACCUUCAUUUCUUGGCUAACUGUUAUGAGAUACUUCCCACUCCUGACAUGGCUAGUAAAUGAGCAAAGGAAAUGAAAGAAGAAACACUACUACUUGCACUGCACUGCGCGGUGGGAAUCUGCUUUUGGACUUGUUGGCAGUGACGAGGAGGAGGGAGCAAAGAAUGCAGAGAAAUUCUGAUGGUAUUUUAUUUAUUUAUUUGGAGAUCUUGGUAAAAAUAUAUUUGUGUUUUCGCAAUCGCAGCUCUGAAAGUGGAACCAAACGCACAGGCACACACACACAAUAAGGGUUUAUAAGGGGCAAAAAAGUAAUUAAAACCUAGACUAUUCAGAAACCAAACCUCCCGGGCCUCCUUCUUCUUCAGACUUUCAGCAGUCAAAAACCACUACCAACAACAACAGUUUCAGGCAAAUGCAAUAUUAAUAUUAAUAAUGAGCCCAAAACCACACUUUCAAAUUCAACAGUUUCAGGAUCACAUCCUAUAGUAAAUAUGUUUUCAUUGCCAUUAAUAAGUUUUAAAAUUUAGCCUAUGUUGUUGUCUUCACGCGAACAGCUCCAAUUUAUUUCUUUGGUAAUUAUUUGUUUGUGCAUCUCAAGAGUUUAUUCAUUCAGAGUAGCAGGAGCUCAAGAAGGUCUUCAGUGGUUUGUAAGGAAAUUUGGAGGACUACCCCCAAAGUUUUGUUGGCUGGACUUCCUAAAAUCAUUGACAAUUGUCACAUUAAUUGGAACUCCGAUCAAAGAAAGGUCCUCUGGAUUUUACAAAUAGCAUAAGCCUAGAAGAUUAACACAAAAAACUUGCAAUGGAUGAUGAAGAAAGGUCAAGAUCAAUCUCAAAGAGAAAAUCCCAGCUAUGUGGUCACAGAUUAACACUACUAGUCAUGGGUUGCCAAAUGGAGAUACAAUUGUGAUCUCGUUUAUGUGUACUGCAAGAGAAAGUUGGCGUCAAUGUUGGGCUGCAUAAGAUGGGUAUCUUUCUCAAAUAUAACGAUCCUAAUUACAUGAUCUGUGUUGUUCUGAGCAAUGCAUCUGAAACGUGUGCUCAACCCUCCUUGCACACAGGGCUAUUCAUGGUUUAGUGGCAGGGUAUAUGGAUUAUAUUCACAGUCGAGCCUAUUAAUGGGAGGCAUGCUUACAUUCCAUUCCCUUGUUCAAUUGAGAAACAAAGCAAGGUCAUGAUAAAUGACAUGAUGUGGGCAUAACUACAGUCUUCAACCAAUCAGCCGAGUUUCUUAAUGACUUGGACCAUACAGAUGUCCUUGAUCGAGGAUAGAAAGAAGGGAUGUACCACAAAUCUUAUCAAUAUAUAGGCAGAACCAUUUGGAAGCAACAAGAUCUAAGCAUAUAUGAGUUCCCAAAGAUGUAAUGAGGACAUAGUGAAGAAGAACCACUUGGAACACCAUUUUAGAAGCAAAAAUGGCUUAAUAAAGUGAUUAGCAGCACUUUCCAAUCAAAGUAGCUGUUAAUUUGAUGUUUUCUGUGUUAUUGUAUCCCUUUGUUUUUUCCUGCAUGUUGAUACUAAUUAUGUCAAGUACGCCGUCUAAAAUCUUUGUGGUUUGUUCUAGCAUUGCUGAUUUGUAAGAUUUUUGGGUGAAAUUAUCCUAUGUAGAUGGGGCCUACUUGAGCUUCUUGACACAAUGCUUUCGUAAAGAACCACUGUAUAUUAUUUUGAAUAUAUAAGAAAUCUGAGUCUGCAUGCGUAUCUUUGAAAAA